AUGGAUACUCUUGACCAUCAAAUUGUUUCUCUCGCCCUCAGCGAUGAGGAGAACGCUCCUCCCAUGGCUGAUGCUCCCUUCAAGCUGUCCGGUGUUGCCGACCCCGAGGAGGCUGCCCGCCUGGGUUGGACCAACCCUGUCCCCUUUGACUACACAAAGCCUGACAAGGAAUCUCGCGACUGGGCUGGUAUUGCUGACCGCUACGAGUGGGACUCUGAGUAUGGCGAAGUUGGCCCUCCCAACGAGGAGCUCGAACAGCAGCUGUUCCGUGGUAAUCUCAUCCAGCGCGUGGGAGAACGUCUCAACGACCUCAACGCUUACACUGUCCGGGUUGAUAGUGAUACCACCAUUCAGCCAAUUACCAAGUGGGAGGAGUCUGGUCUGCACCCUGUUAUCCUUGAGAAUAUUGCUCUCUGCCAGUACACUACCCCAACUGCUGUGCAGUCGUACGCUGUCCCUGCGAUACUUGAAGGACAUGAUUUGAUCUCGGUGGCCCAGACAGGAUCGGGCAAAACUGCGGCAUUCCUGAUUCCAAUUAUCUCCAAGUUGAUGGGAAAGGCGCGCAAGCUUGCUGCCCCUCGUCCCAACACCUCUGAGGGCUUCAACCCUUCCACGGAUGCUGUUCGAGCCGAGCCUUUGGUCCUCGUUGUCUGUCCUACUCGCGAGCUCGCUACUCAAAUCUUUGAUGAGGCCCGCCGAUUGUGUUACCGUUCCAUGCUUCGCCCUUGUGUUGUUUAUGGCGGCGCUCCUUCUGGACUUCAGCGCGAAGAACUCCAGAAGGGUUGUGACAUCCUUAUUGCAACCCCCGGUCGUCUUCUGGACUUUAUGCAGCAGACCCGUGUUCUCUCUCUUCGUCGGGUUAGAUACACUGUCAUCGACGAGGCCGAUGAGCUGCUUCAGCCAGAUUGGGAGGAUGAGUUCCGACGCAUGAUGUCUGGUGGAGAUGUUAACGAGGAUGCGGAUCAUCAUUACAUGAUGUUCUCGGCCACGUUUAAUAAAGAAUUCCGACAUCUCGCCAAAGAAUAUCUCAGUGACGAUUAUGUGCGCCUUCGUGUUGGCCGUGCCGGUAGUUCUCACACCAAUGUUACCCAGCAUUCGCAGAUUAUCUACGCCGAUGCCGAAAAGAAGAUGAGAGCCAUCUAUGAUCUUAUUGUUAGCAUGCCGCCUGUCCGCACUCUCGUUUUCGUCAACAGCAAAGAUCAAGUUGACUUUGUUGACGACUUCCUUUACAAUUCGGGAAUUCCGUCCACUUCUAUCCACAGUGGUAGAACUCAACGUGAGCGUGAGGAUGCUAUUCGUGCUUUCCGCACCGCGAAAUGCCCUGUCAUGGUCGCAACUGGAAUCUCAGCUCGCGGACUUGAUGUGAUCAACGUCCUCCAUGUUAUCAACUACGACCUGCCCAGUGCCAUGCAUGGUGGUAUCACUGAGUACAUCCACAGAAUUGGCCGCACUGCUCGCAUUGGCAACGAGGGUCUCGCCAGCUCAUUCUACAACAAUCGAAACGAGGAACUUGCUACCGACCUCGUCAAGAUUCUUAUCGAGUGCAAGCAGCAGGUGCCUGAUUUCCUUGAAGGCUACCGUCCUGAGGGUGAUGUGCUAGAGUUCGAUGACGACUCAGACAACGAAGCUGUCGAGGUGAAUGAAAACGAGACCACCUCUCAGGUUGCUGAUGAUGAGAAUAGUGCUACCAAUGGUAAUGAGCCUGCCGAGGAGCCCAUUCAGUCUAAGUGGAACGCUGCCGAGGACGACGACAUCUGGAACUAA